GUACUUUAGUGACAUGGCCGUGAUUCCAUUUUUAACAGUAUUUCUUCUGUGCGUGUUCACAGCUGGAUCAAGUGUUUAUGACACACAUCAACACAUAGAACGAGCUGGGUACGUAGCUGAAACCCAUCACGUGACUACGGAAGAUGGAUAUAUCCUAGAGAUGCACCGGAUCCCUUUCAGAAGGAACGAAACUUCAGGUUCAGCUGAUCGACCCGUGGUAUUCAUUUUGCAUGGACUCAUGGGUGCUUCUCACAAUUUUAUAGUGCUUGGAAGACAUAAUGCUAUUUCUUACAACCUCGCCGAUGCUGGUUUUGAUGUUUGGAUGGGCAACGCUCGUGGCAACAGAAACUCUAGACACCAUGUCUCACUCGAUCCUGACGCAAACGCACUACAGUUUUUCGACUUCACAUGGCACGAAAUUGGCACGUACGAUGUCCCAGCAAUGAUCGACUACAUUCUAGAAGAGACUGGAAAUAAAAGACUGCAUUAUAUAGGACAUUCGCAGGGAGGAACUUCUUUCCUCGUAAUGGGUAGUACGAGACCUGAAUAUAAUGACAAGAUAGCUUCAGCACAUUUGUUGGCUCCUGCUGGAUUUAAGACAAACUUUCCUAAUAGUUUUCUGAGGGGUAUGGCUGCGUACACUAAUAUUUUGUGGGCAAUGGCGGUGAAUAUUGGUAUAAUAGAAGUGGUGCCUCCAAACCCGAUACUCCCGUUUUCAGAAGAUGCAAAAUCUGAAGUAUUGAAAUACUGUGCUGGAGAUAUUAAACUCAAGGAAUUUUGCAUUAUGACAGGAGUCAAAGAAAUCAUGGACAACAUUUUUACAGACGACGGCAGAGUACCCUUGAGAUUCGGAGGCGCAUCUUUAAAACAAAUAGCCCACUAUGGUCAGAAUAUCAAAGACGAUAGUUUCCGACAGUGGGACUAUGGUAUCUUAGGAAACUUGGCAAAUUACGGGACCCGAAACCCUCCUGUAUACAACUUGGGUCUUAUUACUGCAGAGGUUGAGCUACAUUAUACAGUGAGUGAUACAAUGGUGGGUGUAGGAGAUGUGCAUUCUAUGGCUGAUGAAAUGCCUAAUAGUAAAAUAAGGAGGGUGGCAAGGGAAAGCUUCCGACAUGUGGAUUUCAUUGCUGCAAGUGACGUGAGGGAAUUUGUUACUCUGCAUAUCAUUGACUCCAUAAGGAAUUAUACAGGAACCUAUUAAGAAACUGACACCAGCAAACCUUAUUCAAGCGAAGAUAACUGUCACCACAGUAUAAAGUAAUAUUCAUUAAGACAUUGUAAUAACGUGAAUUCUAAUUUGUGUUGACUUUGCACAGUGUUUUUCAGUAAUUUUACGUCAACUAUUAUUAAAUUG